AUGGCACAAUUAAGGCAUCUAAAGUUUAGCUUGAAUUGCUUACCCCAACCUUCUCAUGUCUCAACUGACGAAGAGAAGUGCUUGGUGCUGCAAAAUUUGCAGACAUUUUCUGGGUUGAAUCCUUUAAAUUGUACAAAGGAAGUGUUCAAAAGGAUUCCCAAUGUUAAGAAGCUAAUGAUUCUAGGACACAAGGUUCAAUACAAUGAGAGUGAAAUGCCAGAUUGCUUCAAUGACCUUGUUAGUCUAGCUAAACUUGAGUCACUGGGUUUUUACAUUCAAACAAAUAUUAACCACUUGAGUUUGUGCCUUCCUCCUCCAGGCAACUUUCCGCAGAACCUUAAGAAGUUGACAUUUUGCUCUACGUGCAUGCCUUGGAAGAAUAUGGACAUUGUUGGUAUGCUACCCAAUCUUGAGGUACUUAAAUUGAAGAACAGUGCUUGCAUAGGUGAAGAGUGGGAACCAUCUGAGAAUGGGUUUUAUCAACUGAAAUUCUUGCUUUUAAGUAGCUCAGAUCCCAAAUACUGGAAGGCAACUAGUGACCAUUUUCCACUCCUCAAGCAUCUGGUGCUAAGACAUUGCUAUCAUUUACAAGAGAUACCUCUGGAUUUCGCGGACAGUGUCACAUUGCAGUCUAUUGAGAUAGAGAACUGCGAGCGUUCCGUUGUGACUUCUGCCGAGCGAAUUCAGGAAGAGCAACGGAACCUGGGAGCUGAUGAUCUUGUAGUUCGUGCAUACAGAAUUCGAGGUUGUGAAGAUGUAGAUCAUAGUGGAAGUUAA